UUAAUUUUAUAAACUUAGUUGGAAAGCUCAGGAAAACGCUGUGUAUUUUUUAAUCAAUUCUGAAGUAAUUUUAAAAUCCUGGCUGUUAUUAAAUACAGUAGACAGCUUCACAAUCUCUUUUAGCUGAAAAACAUGGUAUUCAUUCAAGAUGUCUCGACAUCUGCAUCAGCCAAAGGUUGAUAGGCUGUCAUUAUUUUUUGCCUAGAAAAUUUUGUCUCUGUUGUGAGAUAACCUACAUACUGCAUACUUUAAUACCCUAGGUCUCACUUCUCGUAGUUUCAUGCCCAAAAAACUAGUCUCACAUCACGUCAUAGUCGCUGGAUAAAGGGAGGUAAUUCAGAACAGGCCUAUUGAUAUGUCACAACUUGAUGAUUCAGCAUGAUUGUGUUUGGAUUGCUUGUUUAUUGUAGAAACCACAUCACGGUCUUUUAGUAAGUUGAAAUUGAAUGAGUUGUUAAGAAAGUAUGAUGUAGACAACCAGGGGUUGUGGAGGAGAGAGUGCGAGGAAAAGAGAGGAAAACCGGUUAUACCUUACGGUGACCUUAUGGAUGACCAGUCCAGUUAUGUUCUGCCUCAAGCUCAGUCCACCCUGACAAGCCCACCCACUACUCCUGUCCCUCUCACCUCUCCCUUGAGGGACUGGGCAGAGUACUACAGCUGGAGGGGGCUUGAUGUUGACUCCCCUGUGGCGCAGCUUCUCAGUUACCCUUUGUCUGUGUAUUACAUCCUGACCACAUGUUUAAAACAAGACAACUCCAAGUAUUUUGAAUCUCUAUUGAGGAAGGAUACACUUAGAAUACUCUUGCUUGGAGUUGAAAAAGAGGUGGAAUUGUUACCUGUGUUUAAGGAACUUGUGAACUUGUUACCGUGGGUGUCUAUACACAUUGACAUGGUUGGGAAGAGUAUAUCCAAGAAGUGUCGCAGAAAAAUUUUGGAGGAUGGACAGUUGAGCAUAGCAUUAUUCAGGGGAGAUUACCACAGCUGGGAUGGGCAGGAGGCUGGUAUCAUUAUAGGUCUAAAUGCUGGGAUAGCUGCCUACAGAUGUUGGCAACCUACCUUAGAGAAAAUACUAAAACAGAAUACCCCGUCCUAUUUCACUGAUUAUUGUGAAUAUUUCGUGGACAUAACAGACCAAACUUUGAAAGGAGCUAAUUCAGGGGAGGUAACUCAGAAAAGACUAAAUCCUUUUCGUGCCCCUUUCCGUAUAACGAGUGAGGACAAUUAUUUGCCAUGGUUCAGCAACGCUGUUAUUUUCAGUGUGACGCCGAGAUGAGGAUGAGGCGAUAUUUAUGAGAAUAAAAUCUUUGUUUAUUAUAAAAA